AUGCAUGACAACAACAGCCCUUACAAGAUCAAGGAUGGCGAAACACACUUCGGCUCGGCCGAAGACACCGCUGCUGUAACAGGGUUUGUUCUCGAUCACAAGGCUGAGCGUGCUCUAUGCCGUAAACUGGACAUUCGACUUUUGCCUGUAUUGGCUAUCAUGUUUCUUCUGAACGGUUUAGACAAAGGCAAUCUCGGAAAUGCCAAAACCGCCGGCAUGGAUCAGGAUCUUCACUUCAAGUCCAACCAGUACAAUUUAGCUCUGUCUAUCUUUUAUAUCCCCUUCGUACUAACUGCACCGCCUUUGGGGAUUGUUGGGAAGAAGUACGGCCCCUCUCGAGUUCUACCCAUCAUGAUGCUCGUCUUUGGAACAAUGACCGUUCUCGCUGUCACUGCUCAAAACUGGGCCGGUAUAAUGGCUCUCCGCUGGUUCCUCGGAGAGCUUGCACGCCGCAUGUCUGUCUUCUACGCUUCUAGCAAUAUUGCGAAUGCCUUUUCUGGCCUGCUAGCCUACGGUGUAUUCCAGAUCAAACACACUUCUCUUUACCCGUGGCGGUAUCUAUUCCUUAUCGAAGGCUGCCUUACCGUGGUCUUCGCUGUCUUCGCAUGGUUCUAUCUGCCGCUUAAUCCGGAGAGAGCUGGAUUCUUGAACGAACAAGAGAAGAAGCUAGCUUAUCACCGAAUCCAAGUCGACUCUUCCGCCGUCGUCAACCAAGCAUUCAAUCUCCGCGACUCCUUGAAAAUCUUCCGCCAGCCUACUACAUACGCCUUUCUCUCCAUCGAGGUGUGUCUCGGCGUUCCGCUUCAAUCGGUUGCGCUCUUCCUCCCGCAGAUCGUCGGCCGUCUUGGAUAUUCGACCAUCAAGACAAACCUCUAUACCGUCGCGCCUAACAUUACAGGAGCGGUAAUGCUCCUUAUCCUGUCUUUCUCCUCAGACUUCACAAGACGCCGAGGUCCGUUCAUCGUAUUAGCUUUCAUGUUUACUCUCAUUGGCUUUAUCAUCUACGCCACCAUCGAUGUUCUUGAGAAUCUCAAGGUCGCAUACUUCGCAACUUUCAUGAUGUGUUGGGGUGCCGGAGCACCCUCGAUACUUCUCUGCACCUGGUACAAUAACAACAUCCCGCAUGAAGGCCGUCGGAUGGCCCUGACAUCAAUCGGAGUGCCGAUGGCGAACUUGAUGGGGCUUGUCUCCAGCAAUAUCUUCACGCCUCAGUCGGCACCGAAGUACAUUCCUGCUCUGGCCACGACAGCUGCUUUUGGCGCGACUGGACUUGUGUUGGCAGGCUGCUUGAGCCUGUUCAUGGUGCUAGACAACAAGCGAAGAGACAGAAAGCUUGGAAGAAAAUUGGAUAUUCAGGAGACUCCAACGGAGCUUUUGAUGGAUGGCCCAAGUGUGCCAGAGUUCCGCUGGUUCUUGUGA